UGUCACAAAAAGAUAUCUGGCUUGUCGAUAGGUUAGAAACGCGUCAAGUUAACGGCAUCCUAAAUGCCAAGUUCUGCUCAUCCUAGCGAAAUAAAUUGGGAUAAGUACGUCGAAAAAAACAGUGCAAGUGCAAGUGUCAAAUUAGUAGCAUAAUCAUGGGUGUAGAGGAGACGAACGUGACCGUAACGCAGACGACGGCGGCGACGACUACAACGACGACGACGUCGUCGUCAACGCCAACCACUGGAGGAGGUCAGCCUAACCUACAAAAGCAGGAUCUGGACAAACUCGACGUUACAAAGCUCACGGCCCUCUCCAAGGAGGUUAUUAGCCGUCAGGCCACAAUCAACAUUGGCACGAUCGGCCACGUAGCUCACGGCAAGUCGACGAUCGUCAAGGCUAUCUCAGGUGUGCAGACUGUACGCUUCAAGAACGAGCUCGAGCGUAACAUCACGAUCAAGCUCGGCUACGCCAACGCCAAGAUAUACAAAUGUGACAACGAAAAGUGUCCGAGGCCCGCCUGCUACAUCAGCGGUGGCUCGAGCAAAGAUGACUCCUUCCCCUGCCUGAGACCGGCAUGCUCCGGCAGAUUCCAGCUCGUGCGCCACGUGUCCUUUGUAGACUGUCCCGGUCACGACAUUCUUAUGGCGACUAUGCUCAACGGCGCGGCUGUCAUGGAUGCCGCUCUUCUCCUCAUUGCUGGCAAUGAGUCCUGUCCACAGCCCCAAACUUCGGAGCAUCUCGCUGCCAUCGAGAUCAUGAAACUCAAGCACAUUGUUAUCUUGCAGAACAAAAUUGAUCUGGUCAAGGAGGGCCAAGCCAAAGAACAGUACGAUCAGAUCCUCAAGUUUGUACAAGGUACUGUGGCAGAAGGUGCUCCAGUCAUCCCCAUUUCAGCUCAGCUAAAGUACAACAUAGAAGUUCUCUGCGAAUACAUCACCAAAAAGAUCCCUGUGCCUAUACGUGACUUCACCUCUGAGCCUAGGCUCAUUGUCAUUCGUUCUUUCGACGUAAACAAGCCAGGUUGCGAGGUCGACGAUCUGAAAGGUGGCGUAGCUGGUGGUAGUAUUCUCAAAGGUGUGCUGAAGGUCGGCAUGGAGAUCGAAGUCAGGCCAGGUCUUGUGUCAAAGGACAGCGAGGGAAAGCUCACUUGCAAGCCCAUCUACUCACGUAUCGUUUCGCUCUUUGCUGAACAGAACGAGCUGCAGUUUGCUGUUCCUGGUGGCCUUAUUGGUGUUGGAACAAAAAUUGAGCCCACACUCUGCAGGGCAGAUCGUUUGGUUGGUCAGAUUCUUGGAGCAGUUGGAGCAUUGCCCAAGAUAUUCAUUGAGUUGGAAAUAUCCUACUACUUGCUCAAGCGUUUACUGGGUGUGAGGACUGAGGGCGACAAGAAAGGAGCCAAGGUUCCCAAAUUGUCCAAAAAUGAGGUACUUUUAGUGAAUAUUGGAUCUCUCAGUACUGGUGGACGUGUCCUAGCAACAAAAGCUGAUCUUGCCAAGAUUAGUCUUAGCAAUCCUGUGUGUACAGAAAUUGAUGAAAAGAUUGCACUAUCCAGAAGAGUAGAAAAACACUGGCGUCUUAUCGGAUGGGGCCAGAUUCGUGGUGGAGACACAAUUGAUCCAGUGACGGAUCAGAACUGAUUUUUUAAUCGAUUGCAUUAAAACAAGUGUAUUAAAUAUUAAAUAAAUCAACGGAUUUAUCAAAAAAUUCUGUUUUCUGGUUGGUCAAUUAUUUUUUACAAAACUAUUAAAUAAAAUUUAUUUGUUGUGAAAAAGAAUUUAAAAUUCGUAUCACUAAU